GCCUCCUCUCAUUUGUCCAAUCAUCUUCUCUCAUUGAUUUGUCAACUACAUUUCUGGUUAUUUCCAUUGUCUGUAUCUCUACUUAUAUACUGCCAACCAUAGCUUAUAUAUAUAUAGUCAUAUUAAAGUCACAAAAACUAAGAACAUAAACAAAUCAAAGGGAAGCAAAAAAAAAAAAAAAAUCUUGGCCAUGGCAGAAGAGUUUCAGACCGGGAUUUGCGGCGGAAACUGGUGGAACUUGUCGAAAAAUAUGUUAAUGGGCUGCUCAUCGCCUUGCUCCGCCUCCAUAGGCGGCGGUGAUCUUCUUGGAGGUAGUAAUUAUGGAACUUCAUGGCUAUUGGAUGAUCACUUGAAGCUUAGCUCAUCUCCAUGCAAAGAUUCUGAUGAUAAUAUUUUUCAAGAUUCGCAAAAACAUCAGCAGACUGAUUCUGAUCAUAGCGGUGGAAGUAAUAAUACUAUGGUUAUGGAUAAUUCGACUAUGCAAAUGAUGGGGUUUGGAUCGAUUUCAUCUUCUUCUUCAUCCUCGUCUUCCUCGGAUUGGAGCUGCCAAACUUUACUCCAUGGAAGAGGAGAAACUAAUUACAUACAAGAAGGUCACAUGAACAAUACUUCACAAAUCCAAAACGAGUGGAGUCCAAAGAGUUUUACAAGCACACCAAAUCAAGAUUUCGCAUUAGAUCAUCAUCAGCAGCAGCAGCAACAAAGCUAUUCGAUGGGAUCAUCGUCAGCAGCAGCUUACGGCUACCAUUUAUUUGAACCGGAACCGGAACUUCAACAACAAUCUAAUUUCAAUGGAAGGACCAAUAUGAGCUAUUCUUCAAAUUAUGGGACCAUAUUGAAUGAAUUAUCUCCUUCUUGGCCUAAAAUUGCUCCUUUUCUAAAACCCUCAUUGACAAAACAACAAUCUGGUGGCAUGCAAUUCUCUAAUAUUAAUACACCAUUUUGGAAUUCCUCAAGCCCAACUGUGGUGAAUGAUAUUAGACCUAGUUUUCUACAUUCUAAUAAUUCUCAACCGCAAUUUCUUAUGCCGAAUUUUGAUGACGCGAAGCUUGGUGAUCAACAAGUACGAGACUCGGGAUUAGUGAUGAAGAAAGGAAGCGAACCAGUAACGAAAAGGGCUCGAAUUGAAACACCAUCGCCAUUACCUACUUUUAAGGUUCGUAAAGAGAAGUUAGGGGACCGAAUAACAGCACUUCAGCAAUUAGUUUCACCUUUUGGAAAGACCGAUACUGCAUCCGUUCUUCACGAAGCCAUCGAAUACAUAAAGUUCCUUCAUGAUCAAGUCAGUGUUUUAAGUACUCCAUAUAUGAAAAAUGGCAUUCAACACCAAAAUAAUAAGGAGACAGAAGCAGUAAAACAAGAUUUAAAAAGCCGAGGAUUAUGUCUAGUGCCAAUCUCAAGCACAUAUCCUGUAGCUAACGAGACAACAGCUGAUUUCUGGACACCAACAUUCGGUGGUACUUUCAGGUAGAACUACCUGGGGAUCAUUAAAUUAUGCUAAAGAGUUCCGAACCGAUCAUUUCGACAUAUAAUAUCGAAUAUUUUAACCGAGAUUAUUCGGAUUAUAUAUAUUAUAACUUCCAUACAAAAACAAGAUUAGAAGCUGAGUUGCUGUGCCCGCUAGCUGUACCAGUCUUGAGCAAAAAGCUAAAGAAAACAAAGAAAAAGAGAUAAAUAAUGUAGGCUAGCAAAUGAUUAGGGAACUCUUUAAGUUAUUGUUAAGGUAAAUGAAUUUAUCUAUCCACACUUUAGUUUGGUUUGUCAAAUGUCCACGUUAUUUAAAUUUUAUGUUUAGUUUAUCAUCUUUCUGAUACUCACGACAUGUUUGAAUUAGCUGAUGCGGCACGAUAUUAUAUAUCAUCAAAUAGGUUAAAUGUUGUAUAUAUAGACGUAGAAUAUUACGCUAUAUCAGCUCCAAACAAGUCGGGGUGACAAACAUCGAAAAGAUGAUGUACUAAACGAGUAAGAUUUUAAGAUUACGAUAUAUUUAGCAAACGAGCCAAAUUAAUACGUGGGCAGAUAAAUUCAUUUUUCCUAUUAGGUUUUGUAUCUUUAUUUAUUAACUCUUGUAUUGUAUUAAUGUAAUUUACAUAUAUAAGCUCAGGAACAAAUGCUAAAUUUAGCAGAAUAAUUAAUAUUAAUAUGUUAAUUAAGAGCUGAAUUUAGCAGGAAAAAAAAAACUUAUUGUUCCUGUUGCAUUAUAUACAUCUAGGGUUGGUAAGCCCACCUGUUUAUUGUUUUUGCUAUAAUAUUCAAGAAAAUGAAAUAAAAUAAUUUGUAAUCAUUGGACUGAUUUGAAAAAGAAAAAAGUGAGUGGAGCUCAUUUGAUUGGUA